AUGGCGUCCUGCGUUCCUCACCUCUCUCUCUCUGGUGGGUCUCAAUCCCAUCAUGUGAAAGCAAAUGGAUUGUCUUCCACAAAGCUCAAUCCGGUUUGUAAAACCUCUGCAUUGACUAUUCAGAAGAAAUCAAACCGGAUUCACAAGUUUUCCGUUUCUGCUGGGUACCGAAACGGGAGUAGAAGCGGAAGCGGUGGUGAUUUCAUAGCUGGUUUUCUUCUAGGUGGUGCUUUGUUUGGCACUGUUGGAUACAUCUUUGCUCCACAGAUCCGAAGAUCGAUUCUGAAUGAGGAUGAGGAUGAGUAUGGUUUCAACAAGCCAAAACAGCCAACGUAUUACGAUGAAGGUUUAGAGAAAACAAGAGAGACACUGAAUGAGAAAAUCGGACAGCUUAAUUCCGCUAUUGACAAUGUCUCUUCGCGUCUAAGAGGUCGAGAGAAGAACAGUUCUGCGUCCAAUGUACCGGCCAAAACUGACCCAGAAGUUGAAGCUACGACUUGA